CUUUAGGUCGAACAGCGAUGAGAAUAAUCUUGCAUUGAAACAAUCAAAGGACCAACCUAAUUUCGACAAACCUCAAAGUCAGGGUAAUUAUCUUCAACAGAUUCAAGAAAGGCAUUCGUGCUGGAAUGCGACGCGCAAGUAUCGCUAAAGUCGCGAUAGAAAUAUGGUGGGGAGUCGGUUGCCCCCUCAACGGCCGCGGAUCAACAACAACCUCCACCGUUAAUAUCGCCAACGCAUCUUCUUCUCACCGCUAUAACCCCAACAACUCCAGAACGCCACCCGUACAACUCCAAAUAUCCCAAUAUUCCAAUCGAAAGAAUCCAGAUCCCAGAACCACAAAAAACCUCCAGAACCAGCCCUCAGCGGCACAUCAACCUCCAACAUGACAACUAUCCACACCAGCCCACCCCCCGGCCCCGGCUUCUCCAUCUACGAAGACACCGACCACGACCUUCGCAGUCCUCUCUCCGAAUACGACGCCGACACCUCCUUCAAUUCGGAAACCAGUUCACUCAUCUCCCCCGACGACCCGCUCGCCAGCAUCGAACCCCACAUCGACAUCUCCGAUGCCUUCUCCCCCUCCCCGCGCUCCUCCACCUCCACCUCGCGCUCUCGCCGCGUCUCCGCCCUCACCACCACAAGCCUGAUCUCCGACCUCCCCUCCGAGCUCUCCAUAACCUCCCGCCCCUCGCCAAACGACAUGCACUACACCCCCAUGAAAGAACGCGCGCUGUUCCGCAACCCCUCCUCGGUGCGCGCGUUGCAGAUGGCGUCCCCGCCGCCCUUCGAGACCUACUCGAGCCCGCGGGCCGCAGGCGUCAAGGGCGCCUACAAGCUGUCGACGCCGUCGCGGCGGUCCGAGACGCCCAGCCGCCACUCGCACUCGGUGCGCUCGGGGAGCAUGAAGCCGGGGCAGACGCCGACGCCGUCGAAGCAGCUGGUGCAGGUGCAGCAGCAGGCGGCGCAAUUCCACCCGCUGAUACUGCUGCAUGUGACGCUCUUGCCACUCGCGCAUGUGUACUCGCCGGGCGUGAUGGCGGCAGUGGCGCCGGGGUGGUUGGGGGAGAAUUAUCGACUGCUGGAGGAGCGGUUUGCGGAUUCGGUGCUGAUGCAGCGGGGGUUGUUGAUUCCGCAUCCGAAUGAGGAGUAUGAUUUGCUAGAGGAGAGGUUGUUGGAGAGUUUGGAGUUGAAGAUGCCGAGGUUGUUAAAGUGUGGGCAUUUUACGGGUGGGGAGGAGGCUGAGGAGAGCGAUAUUAGUGAUUCUGAGAAUGAGGGGAGGGGAAGUAGGAUGAGUGGGGGUACAGUAACGGGCGAAGAGGAGGAGCCAGAAUUUGAGUGUGAUGAUGCUUCGAGCGUCUGCACGGAUUGUCACCGUCCGAUCAAGAAGCCUGGGAAGGGGGCUGGGAGUGGGACGAAGAAGUGGAAUAUCAAGAUAUACGCGGCUAACGGUUUGAUGAGGGCUGGUGCUUGGGGAGCUGCUUGGAGGGAAAUGGAGAGAAUUGAUGUUGAGAUCUCGCCAUGGAUUCCGGAGGAUAUUCGCAAGGUACUCGAACAGCGGCAGAAGGAGGAAGAGGAGGAGGAGCUUUUAGAGCGCAAGAGAAUUCAAGACGCCGAAGAGUUGAGGAAAGCUGAAGAGUUGAGGAAAGCUGAAGAAUUGAGGAAAGCUGAAGCGCUUUUAGAAGAAAAGAAACGAGCCGAAGCAGAGGCAGCUUCAAUUGCGGAGGACAACAGGAAAGCCGAAGCACUCGCUGAAGAGAAAAGGCAAAUUCAGGCGCAGAAAGAAGCACUCGCUGAAGAAAAGAGACAUAUUGAGGCAGAGAAGGAAGCACAAGCAGCUGCAGUUGCUGAACAGUUUCGAAUUGAAGCAGAGAAGGAAGCACAAGCUGCUGCAAUUGCUGAACAAACUCGAAUCGAAGAUGAAGCGAGGAGACGAGCCUUCGUUCCAACUGCUCUGUAUACCGAAUAUCCAGAGCGGCUUCGCUCCCGCAGCAAACGACCAUCUUCAUCGUCCUCGCGCCAAACCAUAGAGGAGAUUCCGUUGUCUACUCUCUUGAAGAAUUACAUUUACCUCAUGGCCAGCGACCGACGCAACCUCGCCAUCGCCUUCCUCACCGCCUUCGUCAUCUUCCUCUCCCUGCAACUCAACAAAGCACCGCCAGUUCUCGUCCCAGGCGGCGACAUCCCCGGCCUCAUGCUCUCAGACCCACCCCAAGAAUGUCCCGCUAGCUCCGUCGUCUUUACCACUACAUCCAUCGUCACGCAGCUCGCCUCACAAGACGCGUCCGUGAUGCCACUAGUCGAAUCCUCAGCGACGUCACAGCUCGCUCCACAAGACGUGUCCGUGAUGCCGCUAGCCAAUUCCUCACCGACACCACUAUCCAUAACGAGCUCUAUUGCCGCCUCGUCAAUUCUUGCCGCAGAAGAUAGCUCUGUUUCAGUGGCCCCACCGAUCGCUACCCCGGCUGACGGUUUGGACGAGCGAUCGCCCUCAUCUGAGACAGCUGCUGUUCUUCCAGCAUCGCAUGCGCCAUCAGCAGCAGCAGCAGCGGCCCGUGAGCACCAGGCCGCUGAUUCUAGCGCCGCCCCGCUAUUGUCCCUGGAAGAAGCAGUGCCCGCGGAAACGCCUGAGCCUGACUAUGCGGAGCUCUAGCUGACGUUUGGAAACGGAGCAAUUGGGAUCCCGGGAGGAAGACUUUGGAUCGCAGAUCAAAAUGCGAAUGAUUCUCCGAAAGAAGCACUUCAGACUUUCUUUAGCUCGGCCUGACGAUAAAUGCGGCAACGGUUUGCCGAAUUUGCAGCUUCACCCUAUGUAUCAGUAUUGCUUGAUGCUUGUGCGGUCGC